AUGUCCAUUUCGUCGUCGCAAUAUGCUGACUUGCUACACUUGGUGCAGGGGAAUCCAGAACUUGCUGAUAAGAUCAAAACCUUGCGAUUGGGAUUAGAAGCCGACGAUCUGCUUGAGCACUUCAAAUACGACGCCGUGAUCGACCACGACUGCACCACUCACACCGAAUACGAGCGCGAUGAGAGUCACGCUAUCCGCAUUGUGAAGAGGAAAUGGUACCGCCACUCAGAUCCCUUGGGAUGGGGACUAUACGGCAAAGUCUGGCUGGAGAGUGAUGAGACUGAUACACGCCGUCGAGCUGUCAAGGUCGUGCAGAAGGAUCUGAUGGAACGGGAUACCAUCGACUAUAAGAGGGAGAUUCUCGCGCUGGCCAAGUUCUCGAAACCGCAGUACCAGCAGCAGGAGGUUCUGGUCAAUUUUCUCGGCUGGUUAGAUGAUCCCUCGAAUCUUUACCUUUAUAUGGAGUUCUUCCCAUUGGGAGAUCUUGAAAGUCACAUAUCAGAGUCUAUCCCCGAGGAGGAGGUCAAGGACAUCACCACCAAUCUCCUUAAUGGCCUCCGGAUUAUCCACGCUGAACAAUUCACCCACCGAGACCUCAAACCUGGCAACAUCUUCGUGGCCCGAAAACCCCCGGGUGCCCGAUGGUGGGUCAAGAUUGGCGACUUCGGCAUCGCGAAGCGAGUGAACCAUGAGAGAACGGCACUAUAUACGUCCAUUGGUACCCCAAAGUACACUGCUCCAGAGGUGAGCGGAGAUCUCGAUACCGACGAACCAACAUCGAUCUAUGACAAUGCAGCCGACAUGUGGUCUUUGGGCUGCGUGGUAUUCAGAAUCGCUACUCAGCAAGACCCAUUUCCGACGCGUCGAGACGUGCGAAGGUUCUGUGACGGGCGGGUACCCUUUCCCGACGAACCGCUUCAGGGGAAAUUGGGUCUAGAUGGUGUGGAAUUCGUCAAAAAGUUUAUCUCGCCUUUCCCCAAUGAGCGCCUAUCUGCAGAGGCGGCUCUGGGAACGGCUUGGAUUCAAAAUCGCGGAGUAAACAUGCUCGCAGCGGAGGAUGACGAAUGGGUUGACGAUUCGAGCGACGGGUCUACGCCAGGUCGAUUCACGUCGUCCAUAGUCUCGAAAAAGGAUCCAAACCCUCCAAGGCUUAAACCAUCAAGCUCGAGCGGCAGAAAUCUGGCUCAGCAACAUCAAUCAAAGCCCGGUUCCACAUCCUCGCAGGCCCCUCGUCACAACCCCGCGGUUCUUGACGAAAGUAAAGCAAAGCGGUCUCACGCAGCCAGAGAUCCGAAACAAGAUGGCAGGCCAGAGGUUGCAGAUGCGUCCUCACAAAUGAACUCCCAUCACAAGCUUUCUGGCUUUACACGAGCUAGCCAUGGCAGUGGUACAGCUCCGAGGGUCGCUGUGACGAGAGAGCCAGUACGAAAACAAAAGUACAUUGCCAAGCGGCCUUCACGGUCCGAACGGUCCGAAUCACCAGAGCCCAUUCUGUCCGGUGUCGAGGGCCACACGAGCAUCCUCAAGGCGCAUGUGGUGCCAGAAAACCACACAUUGAACAUCAUCGCCAUCCAUGGCAUGGAAAACACGGCAGACGGAACCUGGACUCACAUAGAUGGCGGAGUUGAAGUCAACUGGCUUACGCAUCCCGACAUGCUUCCGAAAGCCCUGCCCACGGCCAGGAUAUACACCUUUGAUUGGAGUGUGCCUUUCGGUAACGAAAGCAUGAGAGGAUUGCUAGAGCGCCGUGGGUUUGAGCUCCGGCAUAGGUGGCAGGAGGCGCUGACUCGGACGCCAAAACCCACUGUUGUCAUUGCGUGUGAUUUUGGUGGGCUAGUACUGGCCAGGGCUCUCGCUCAAGCCGAAGGCAGACGCGACGCACAAGCAUGGCUAUUGGAUUCCCUACGAGGCCUGGUCUUCCUCGGUACUCCGUUUCGCGAGACCGAUGCCGACGGAUUAAAGCGAUGGCGAGCCUACCACGCGCACAUCGUGCAGGUGAGCCAGGCGAAGUAUGGCUUGUCAACCGCCGACACGGUGAGCCGAACGCGACUGAUCGACGUUCUGGACCCUAUUCAACGGGCCUUUCUCAAAAAGACCUGCCAGGGCUUGGAGAGAGCAAUCGGCGACCACGGCCGAAGCAUCCCUGCCGUCUCUUACUACGAAAUCCACGACACCAAGUUCAAACGGAACCCUCUGACGCUCAAGCGGCCGGCCAAGCCGGGCGUGCUGGUCGAAUCCAGCGAAGCCUGGCCGGGCAUCGUCUCCGUUCGCCAGGCGGCCCUACCCACCGAUCACCACGGCCUAAAUAAAUUCGCCGGCUCGCAUGUCGCCGGUUAUCGCAAACUACGAGAUCAAAUCCUCGCGUUUGUGGAUGAUGCUGUGCCACCGAGACUGCCCUCGGAUUGGGACUAUGACAUCCUCAAUGUGGAGGAGUACUCGACUCGGUAGCUGCCUGGAGAUAGUCAUACGAGGAGCUUGCCGUGAGGGGUGACUUCCGGUCAACCAGAGGCGCUAAGUUUCGUCUUUCACAGAGGCAGGAGAUUGUUCAUAAGGCUUCUCCACCGACCAUCUACAUUGAAAUCAAUGCAAAUUGAUGGUCAAUCGCCCCAUUCUUCCUCAUGAACAAACUCACAUCUCAAGUGCCCUGUGCUGUACGUAUAGCAUAUGAAUAAUGGGUUGAUUAUCUUACUCAC